AUGCAGUCGUUGUCAAAUAUGAAGCAGUCUAUCUAUCUAUCUAUCUAUCUAUCUAUCUAUAACUAUUUCAUAAAUGCGGCAUUGCCUGUUAUCAACGUGUACGUUGAGGGUAAACGAUGUUCGGCGCUCGUUGACACUGGAUGUUCCCGAUCGAUCGUUAGCGCGGAUCGAUGCGUGACAUGGAACAGUCAACAAAUCGAGAUUCGGACGAUUGACGGGGUGUCCCGGGCCUGUUGUGGUGUCGGGACUGUGUCAGUCCUAACAGACGGAGGGAGUCAUGCCAAAGUCGACGUCUUGGUGGCACGUCAAAGGCCCCUCGGGUACGACCUGCUACUUGGGAUUGAUGCGAUCCGAGCGUUAGGAGGCAUGAUGAUCACGCCAGCCGGAAAUGUGGAACUGGGUGAAAGAAGAAAGGUGUGUGCAGCCCUUUGCGUUAGUGAGCCGGAUUUCGACGUCUCCUUCAAUUCCGACGAGAGAGUGUGGACCGCCAGACUUAUUUAUUUAUUUUAUUUAUCUCUGUCGAUCUAUCUAUCUAUCUAUCUAUCUAUCUAUCUAUUUCAUUCUAGUUAUUAUCUAUCUAUAUCUAUUUUUCUAUCUAUCUAUCUAUUUUAG